AUGUCAGCAGGCAGCAGGGGUGAUGUCAGCAAGCGUGGUGCACUGGGUGUGUGCUGGUGUGUGCUUUACAGUGUGAUCCGAACAUGUGAUGCUAGUGGGUGUGUGCUGGUGUGUGCUUUGCAGUGUGUAUUGUAUUGUAUAACAUGUGAUGCUAGUGGGUGUGUAUUGUAUUUAUCUACUAUUAACACCUUGGAUCCCAAAGAAAAGUGGUCGAUUUGGUGGAACUCUUCUUCGGAUAAGUGUGAUCCUAAAGGUCUAUGCGGGCUUAAUGGGUUUUGUGUUUCAAAUAAUACAGAGGCCGACUGUAGAUGUCUUGCGGGAUUUGCUUACGUUAAUCCGAGUAGUUGGUCUUCUGGGUGCGUGAGAAAUUACACUGCAGAAAGCUGCAAAAUCACAAAUGGGGACGGCAAUACCAAAUAUUACAAGAUGAGCCCAUUAGAAAAUUCUAUAUGGGAAGAUGAUUCGUAUUCGGUGCUACAAUUGAGUUCCAGGAAAGAAUGUGAAGAUGCCUGUCUGAAAGACUGUAACUGUGAAGCUGCACUAUACAAAGACCAGCAGUGCAAAAAGCAGAGGCUUCCUUUGAGAUUCGGAAGAAGAUGGCUAAAUGAUUCAAACGCUGCCUUCAUCAAGGUGGGUGAAUCUAUUUCACCAAACACCGAAGGUGUUCCGACUCAUAGUGACAAUCCACCCAAGAAACCAAAGAAAGAUUUCCUAAUCAUCGGUGUUUCACUUCUUGUUUUUUCUUUGAUGAUGUUGGCGAUUUCAGGUGUACUUUUGUACAGAAACCAUGUUUGGGCAUAUAAAAAGAUUUCUACAAAAAGGAAUGUUGAGUUGGGCGUGGAAGCUGCUCUAAGAACUUUUAUCUUCGCAGAAUUAGAACAAGUUACAAAUGGGUUCAACCAAGAAUUGGGUAGAGGAGCGUUCGGGACUGUUUUUAAAGGAUUCAUAUCGGACAACCAAAAGGAUGUAGCUGUGAAGAGGUUAGAGAAAGUGUUGACAGAGGGUGAACACGAAUUUCAAACAGAGAUAAGAGUAAUUGGGAGAACCCAUCAUCGGAACCUAGUUCGACUGAUUGGUUAUUGCCUCGAAGGACCUAACAGGCUUCUGGUAUACGAGUACAUGAGUAACGGAUCCCUUGCAGAUUUUCUUUUCACACCCGAAAAUGAAAAUCGGCCAGAUUGGGAUGAAAGGAUUGGAAUUGCUCUGCACAUUGCCAGAGGCUUACUCUACUUGCAUGAAGAGUGCGAGCCACAGAUCAUCCACAGUGAUAUAAAGCCACAAAAUAUACUGAUUGAUGGGCACGGGUGCGCCAAAAUCUGUGACUUUGGCUUGGCAAAGCUUUUGAAACCGAACCAAACAAAAACUUUUACAAUGAUUAGAGGAACAAGGGGUUAUGUUGCACCUGAGUGGCACCGAAAAUUGCCAGUAACAGUCAAAGUAGAUGUUUACAGUUUCGGAGUUUUGCUGUUGGAGAUCAUAUGUUGUCGAAAGUGUUUGGAGUUGAGCUUUAGCGAGGAAGAAGCUGUCCUUGAAGAAUGGGUUUAUGAUUGCUUUCAGACCAAGGAACUUGGUAAGCUGGUGGGUAAUGAAGAUGUGGACAUGAGAAAACUUGAAAGAAUGGUUAAAGUAGGCCUUUGGUGCAUUCAAGAUGAGCCAUCGCUCCGUCCUUCAAUGAAGAAAGUUUUAUUAAUGCUAGAGGGGACUGUAGACAUUCCGAUUCCUCCCAGUCCUACUUCCUUUCUAAGUGCCAUAUAAAUCUUUCUCAUUGUUAUGAAUUGAUAAAGUAGGCCCUUGAUGCAUCUAGGAUCCGUCUAGUUCCUUCAACGAAGAAGAAAUAAGUUCUUGUUGAUGUUUUGUCCAAAUUAAUUUUAAAUAUGGGCUUCAUCAUACAAGAGUUUAAUCUAUAUCACACAUUAAUUGUUUUCUUAGGUAUUUUUCUGUGUUAAAAUUUUGUCCUUGGCAUUAUUGUAUUGAUAUUUUUGUCAGCAAUAAGAAUGCUUCAC